GCAAGAUCGUGAUGUUAUCUGCUGGCAGCAGAAGGUCCGCUCCGAGGGGAGCUCCAGAAGCUCCCGAAGAGAAAGAGAGAGAGAGAGAGAGAGAGGCAGGCAGACAGGAGAGAGAAGCAGAGACCGAGAGAGAGGCAGAGAAAGGAACAGAAGAGCAGGAGCGCAAGUGACGGAGACACGGGGACAGGGAUGGGGAACAUAGUAUAACGGUCUAGGGAGCCAUUCGGGAACAAAGUGAGGAGCUGCCCGGCUGCAGAAAGGAAAAGGACAGGGUCUCUUUCAGGGUGCCAAGUGCCCACCUACCCGCAGCGAGAAAGUCCGAGUGGGAGAGAACCCAGGAGAGGGUGGGGAAGGGUGAGAGUCCAAGGGACCCCUCUCGCAGCCCCCUUAAGGAAUAACGCUCCCUAGUCAGCGCGUCCCCGGGGCUGCAGGCGACGGCGGCAGCUGGUCGUCGGUGGCCGGGUUGGCGUCCGGAGCGAGCGGAGGAGGAGAAGCAGGAGAAGGAGGGCGCUGGAGGCUGGACGCGUCUGCGAGCGGCGGCACGACGUGGAGUAGCCGGGCGGGUCGGCGCGCGCCGGCCGGGGUGUCGGCCACCGCGCGCAGCUCCGGGAGCAGGAUCGUCGCCGCCUCCGCCGCCGCCGCGGCCCGCGCAGGACCCGACCGAGUCCCGAGCGCCGUGCGGAGCGCACCCGCCUCCCCGCGGCGCGCCAGGCUCGCCCCCAGCGCGCGCACACGCGCGCGCGCACACACACUCGCUCACACACUCACACACUCACACACGUGUGCGCUCUCCGCUCCGGAGCCGCGGCUGCUCCUGCUCUCAGCGCCGCAGUGGAAGGCAGGGCCGAACCGCUCCUUCUUUAAAUACCUAAAUUACCGCCCGGCCAGCCUCGGCGGCCCCCCGCACAGCGCUCCCGGCGCCCCUCCCGCCAGCUCGCCAGCUGCCAGCCCCGGGACCUUUUCAUCUCUUCCCUUUUGGCCGGAGGAGCCGAGUUCAGAUCCGCCACUCCGCACCCGAAACUGACACACUGAACUCCGUUUCCUCCUCUUAAAUUUAUUCCUGCCUAAUAGCCACUCGUCUCUUCCCCCCCCCCUCCCCAACUCGUCGCUCCAAGAAAACUUUUUCUUACUCCCCAAAGUUAGGGUUCUCCCUGCCCACCGUGUGUUAAUGUUUCCACUUUUGGAACGACCUGCAUCUUCUUUUUAAAGGAAUUCAAGCAAGAUACCUUUUUCCAUUGGACGUUGACUCUCGAUUGUUUGCAAAAGUUUCGCAUUAAAAAAAAAAAAUCUACCUGAUCUGUACUUGAGAGUUGUCGGUUUCUUUUUUUUUUCUUAGUUUUUUUUUUUUACCUUUUUUUUUUUUUAACUUUUUCCACCUUUAAAAAAAAAAUGCACUACUGUGUGCUGAGCGCUUUUCUGCUCCUGCAUCUGGUCACGGCCGCGCUCAGCCUGUCUACCUGCAGCACGCUCGAUAUGGACCAGUUCAUGCGCAAGAGGAUCGAGGCGAUCCGCGGGCAGAUCCUGAGCAAGCUGAAGCUCACCAGCCCCCCAGAAGACUAUCCCGAGCCCGAGGAAGUCCCCCCGGAGGUGAUUUCCAUCUACAACAGCACCCGGGACUUGCUCCAGGAGAAGGCGAGCCGGAGGGCGGCCGCCUGCGAGCGCGAGAGGAGCGACGAGGAGUACUACGCCAAGGAGGUUUACAAAAUAGACAUGCCGCCCUUCUUCCCCUCGGAAACUGUCUGCCCAGUUGUUACAACACCCUCUGGCUCAGUGGGCAGCUUGUGUUCCAGACAUUCCCAGGUGCUCUGUGGGUACCUUGAUGCCAUCCCGCCCACAUUCUACAGACCUUACUUCAGAAUUGUCCGAUUUGACGUCUCAGCGAUGGAGAAGAAUGCAUCCAAUUUGGUGAAAGCGGAGUUCAGAGUCUUUCGUUUACAGAACCCGAAGGCCAGAGUGCCCGAACAAAGGAUCGAACUGUAUCAGAUUCUCAAAUCCAAAGACUUAACGUCUCCAACCCAGCGCUACAUUGACAGCAAAGUCGUGAAGACAAGGGCAGAAGGCGAAUGGCUUUCCUUCGAUGUAACUGACGCCGUUCACGAAUGGCUCCACCAUAAAGACAGAAACCUGGGAUUUAAAAUAAGCUUACACUGUCCCUGCUGCACCUUUGUGCCAUCUAAUAAUUACAUCAUUCCCAAUAAAAGUGAAGAGCUAGAAGCAAGAUUUGCAGGUAUUGAUGGCACCUCCACAUAUACCAGUGGUGAUCAGAAAACUAUAAAGUCCACUAGGAAAAAAAACAGUGGAAAGACCCCACACCUCCUGCUAAUGUUGUUGCCCUCCUACAGACUUGAGUCACAACAGUCCAACCGGCGGAAGAAGCGUGCUUUGGAUGCAGCCUAUUGUUUUAGAAAUGUGCAGGAUAAUUGCUGCCUACGUCCACUUUAUAUUGAUUUCAAGAGGGAUCUUGGGUGGAAAUGGAUUCAUGAACCUAAAGGGUACAAUGCCAACUUCUGUGCUGGAGCUUGCCCGUAUUUAUGGAGUUCAGACACUCAGCACAGUAGGGUUCUCAGUUUAUAUAACACCAUAAAUCCAGAAGCAUCUGCUUCUCCUUGCUGUGUGUCCCAGGAUUUAGAACCGCUAACCAUUCUCUACUAUAUCGGCAAAACACCCAAGAUUGAACAGCUUUCAAAUAUGAUUGUAAAGUCUUGCAAAUGCAGCUAAGAUUCUUGGAGAAGUAGCAGGACGGUAAUCACAUGGUGGUGAUGAUGAGGAGGACGACAAGAACAAUGACAAUGUUUGUAACAAGAAAACGUAAGAGAGCCUUGCUUCAACAGUGUUAAAAACAUUUUGAAAAAAGCGGUACUAGUUCAAACACGUUGGAAGUUUGUGGUUGUGUUUGUUAAAAAUGGCAUCUGAAACAAAACAAAACAAAAAAUUGAAGGCUUUAUUCUACAUUUCAUCUACUCUGUAAGUGAGAGAGACAAGAAGCAAAACCUUUUUUUUUUUAAGACAAAAAUAAACACUGGAAGAAUUUGUUAGUGUUAAUUAUGUGAAAGGAACAACCAAACAAACAGGAAAAUCCCAUUAAGUGGAAUUGCUGUACAUACUUUUCCUAUCCCAUGCCUCACUUGAUUUUUCUGUAUUGCUAUGCAAUAGGGACCCUUCCCGUUCUUACCUUUAGAGUUAACAGUGAGUUAUUUAUUGUGUGUUACUAUAUAACGAACAUUUCAUUGCCCUUGGAAAAUAAAACAGGUGUAUAAAGUGGAGACCAAAUACUUUGCCAGAAACUCAUGGAUGGCUUAAGGAACUUGAACUCAAACGAGCCAGAAAAAAAGAGGUCAUAUUCACGGGAUGAAAACCCAAGCGAGUUAUUAUAUGACCAAGCCAGCCUGCAUUAAGAUAAAGACCCUGAAAGCACAUGCUAUGUACCAACUGCCUAAGGAAGCUUCUUGUAUGGUUCAAAACUGAAAAGCCUGUUAAUAAAGGAACUUUCAGUCAGAAUAAGUCUGGAAGAUUUUUUUUUUCUUUUUAAUUGUAAAUGGUUCUUUGUCAGUUUAGUUAAACCAGUGAAAUGUUGAAAUGUUUUUGAUACGUACUGGUCAAACUUCAGACCUGAAAGUAUUGCCGUAUAGCUAUGCUAUUGGUUUUUUCCUUCGUUUCAGAUAUAUGUAACCGUACCUAUAUUAUUAUAAUAGAUGGGUAUAGAAGCCAGUAUAAUUGGAAACACAUCUGCAGAUCUCCUUUGCAAACUAUUAAAUCAAAACGUUAACUACUUUACAUGCAAUGUGUAAAUUUUUACCAUAUUUUUAAUGUUCUGUAAUAAUGUCAACUAUGAUUUAGAUUGGACUUAAAUUGGGGCUCUAUUUUUAAUGAUCGCUCAGAACUGUGUGUUUCCUUUAGCUGGCCAGUACUUUCGAGUAAAGCCCCUAUAGUUUGACUUGCACUACAAAUCUGUGUUUUAUAGUGUUUCCUCCACUGUGCUUUGUGCAUUGUCCAUUAUUAUGACAUAAGCUACCUGAGUCCACUUGUCCUGUAGAUUUUCUUUUAUAAAAAGGACAGAUUCAAGUUCAGUAGUCUUCCUCCAUCUUCUAAGCAUCCUUACUAAUCAGUUCAGAUGUUAACAGUCUUCUAUUUUAGGAAAAUUGGGGAAUAUUAUAGAUGUAUACAUAAUUGAGCUGAAAUAUUUUAGUUUUAGCAGAGGCCUAAGGAUCUGACUGUAACUCGGAAUCUUUGUGGCUGAGUUAAGAAAGGUUUCUGCAACUUGGCUUAAACAGUAUGCUCACCGAAUUCUAUUGUUAGUAGAGAUCAGACAGUUCAUAGGAAACAUCUUUUCCUUUAAUCAGGUUUUUAGUGUUCUGGGGGGGAAAUGGAAAGAUUUACAUAUUUCUUGAUUUAUUUUUUAAGGGAGAAAAAAAAAAAAAAACGCCCUGGUCAGCCUAAGUCACUCAGUUUAUUUCACGGAAGUUAAGGUUUUCAUGUGUGUUCUUUGAGGGUUGUAAAGGUACAAGCCAAAUCCUCCCAUGAUCAAAAAGUGAUUUUUUUCUCUGAAUGAGACUUCUCUAGAUCUGAGGCGAGAAUUUACCUUGCUUUAAUAAAUGAAUGAUUUGCCACAUCGUUGCAGGGAAGGUACCCUUCCGCCAGGGUUUGUAGGAGAUGACAGUUUGCCAAUUGUCCCUUAUUCAACUGUAAGAUGAAAGUUAAUAGGUAAAACCAAUGGAAUAUUUGCAGCGUCACCUAAAGGGCAGGAUGGUGAGGUGCGAAUCCAAGUGAAAUUGUCUGAUAACCUGUACUUCUAGAUGUUUGACUUUUCCUGGCCGUUAAUUAAAUGACAAAUUGGAUUCGCAAAUUUGAAAACUGGAAAAGCGAGAGGGGGGACGCCCUACCGGUGAACAAUCUUUGUGUUGGGGGUAACCCAAUCCCAGAAAUGAGUGUGUUGAUUUUUUUUCCUUCCGUUUUCGAUGAAUUCUAUGUAAAUCACUUUUAUUUCUGCAGGUGUUUUCCUCUCAGAUAGAAUGACGUUUGUUUUGUAUUAUUUUGUCUUUCCUCAUGAAUGCACUGAUAAUAUUUUAAAUGCUCUAUUUUAAGAUCUCUUGAAUCUUUUUUUUUUAAGUUUGGGGGUUCUGUAAGGUCUUUACUUCCCAUAAGUAAAUAUUGCCACGGGCAGGGAGGGAUGCGGGAGGGAAAGGGAAGAUGUUAGUAUACGGGUGGGGUGGGGCUGCAGUUUUUAUAUGUUAAGCAGCAGUACAGUUUUCUGGUUGGCAUGGUUUAAAAAGAAAUGGACUAUAAGAUUAGCUGUUUUGUAUUUUGAUGACUGAUUAUGCUGUAUUUUAACAUGAUGUAUGUCUGUUUUGUGGUGCUCUAGUGGUAAAUAAAUUAUUUCAAUUCUAUGUUGAUGUGUUUUUCCUAUCAUGGUGUUAUCAUUGAGACUAGAGAACACCUCUCCUGCAAUGAGAAUCAUCUCAAGCUGGGAAAGUCAUACAUCUUUAAGACUGUGCUCUUAUUCUCAAGGAUAUUCACUUCAGAAAUGUCAUGGUUUAUAGCCCAUGAGCCAGGGCAUAUGUACCAAGGACUAAAGAAAGCCCUGUGCAGUCUUUUUAUUCUCUUGUUUAUUGCUAUUUGGUCAUUGUUUGAGAUUUAGUUUCCAUCCAGCUUGACUGUCUACCAGAAAAAAUGCAGAGAGAUGUUUGAGCCAUGCCUCGGCUUUCUGGUUCCAUGUUCUGCCAACCCCAGGGCCAAAAGAACCGGUCUAGACAGUAUCCCCUGUAGCCCCAUAACUUGGAUAGUUGCGGAGCCAGCCAGAUAUAACAAGAGCCACGUUGCUCUUUGGGAUGGGUGUUGGGAGCAACUACUCUUCUGUUUCACCCAGACCACUGCACCAAAAAACCCUGGUUCCUGCAAAGUGCUUUGGCUGUUGCCUAUAAGACCAGACUUUGCAAGUGAGUUGCCAGUCUCUUAAUAAAUGGAACAAAUAGAAAAGCAGUUGGGGCUCAAUCUGGUUGUCUUGCUUUAUCUCAUGAAAGAACCAGUUUGUGCCCAUUGUCUAAACCUCACAUGGAAACAAACCAUCAAUGCAAGUGUUUAGGUAGAAUAGAGAAUAGUCCCUUUUCUGUGAUCCUCUGUGUUUCAUCUUUCAUACUCAACUCCUUGAUAAAGGAAGUGUUUCACUUGAGCACAAUUAUUUCACACUUCUCUGCAGAGUGGCCAGUGCCAGGCCUAUCCCCCCCAGCCCACAUCACCUUCAUGUGAUGAAUAAGAAAAAGAGGGUGUCGAGGUAAAGAAGAGAAUCACCUAAUGGCCAUAUCAACUUCGCCAAGCUUGUCAACCACUCUGAGCCUUGUUUCUUUAAUCUUAAAAUGAGGAUGAGACUGCCUGCUUUACAGGUUUUGCACAGUUUGUUUUGCUUCCUUGUUGUUAAGUGAAUCUACGCAUGAAAAGAAUUUCCUUUGGUGUUUGGCCUGUAGUUGCUGAUCAGUAAAUGGUAGUCUUGAUAUUUCUCAAGUUGUUCUGUCUUUGGCUUCUUAGCAAUUCCACUGUAAUGAGCUUUUUAUAUUCAGACUGUAACCUGGGCCUAUAUUUCCCCACCUUGAGAGUGAAUGUGUAAGCCCUCUAGACUCUAAUCUCAUAAAUGGAUCAAACCAUCAGUUAUUUCUGAGAAUAUUCUGUGAUUCUAUUUGUUAAACUUUUGGUUACAUGUCUGACCAGAAAUUGUUAAAAAUAGCGGGGGAAAUGUUCGUGUAAGUCUUUGCUUAUGUCUACCAACUAAAAUUCAAAGUGAAAGAGACAAAAUGGCUAGUUGAAUGACCCAUUUCCUAAGAUGAUGAUGCUAUAAUUGCAGUUUGCUGAGCACCUACCAGGUACUGUUCUCUGUUAACCUGUUUAACCUCACAUAUUACCUUAUGGUGUAGGUUUUU